UUUGCUACAAUUAUCCCACUAGAUUCCAACCCUCUUUUCCUACGUUUAUUGUUUUAUUUCCUUAAUCCCCGUCUUUAUUUUCCUAAUAAUUGAUAAAAAGGACACUUCUUCUGAAUCGCUCGUUCAUGCUGUCAUUGAGGUUGUUCUUGGGCGAUGGGCCUAACUUUUGGUUAUAGAGAAUUCAAUCUUUUCUGGAUUCUUUCUCAUUCAUGAUCAUAUAUCCUUUUGUUCAGAAUUUGAUGUCUUCUUCCAUCGUCAGGAUUCAGGAUUCUUCGGUCACCGUAUUUUGAUUUCUGCAGAUUUCAGAUCAAGAUUCUAAAUUCAAAGAGACAUAUUUGGUGUCUGCUCAACUCUAGAUACCUUCAAUUUCCAAGGCUAUAGUGAUAUCAGGACUUGGCAUGUUCUAAAUCGGUUGUUGAAUUCUCCUAUGAUAUCUUUUCAAUGAGUUCCGUUAUGGAAAUUCUGUAAGUUUGUGAAUUCAAAUGGACUUGUCUUCUAACAGUAUGCUUUCAGUGUUAAUCGGCUGCCAGUUGAGUUCUCUGACAUGUAAAUGUCUUGCACUGGUAUCCAUGGUUCUGUUUCUCAGUACUGUCUUGCUCCAUUCAUUCCCUGGCUAUGGUGUGAUCGACUGGAUCAACCAGGACUUUAUUCUAAGCCACUCUUUGUUGCUGAGCUCCAAUUAUGAAGGGAUUCGUAGGGGCAAGUUUUUGGAGGUUCCUCAAAUUGUUUGGGGACUUAAUAACCAGAAGAUAGCUUUUGCAAGAGCUUGUUUUACUGCUAGAAUGCUUAACCGAACUCUUUUGAUGCCUAGCUUAAGUGCCUCACUUUUCUACAAGGAAAUCGACCGAUUGCAGCCUAUUUCCUUCGAUAAAGUCUUCAAGUUUGAUAAGUUUAAUUCGCUUUGUAAUGGGUUCGUGCGGUUGGGUCGUUAUUCGGAUCUUAAGAAUCAAACUGGAAUGUAUGAUCUCCAAAAGGGAAUUGGAAGGAAGUGGACAGUGGAGAGAGACAUGGAGCAGUUGAAGCAAAGUAGCAGAGGUCAUGUUGAUGAGCAUGAGGUGAUUAGAAUUGUGGGGAAGAAUCCAUUUCUUUGGCAUGAUCAUUGGCCUGUUAAGGACUACGCAAGGGUCUUUGAGUGCUUAGUUUUGGUUGAUGAGAUAUCAAAAGAAGCAGAUAAAGUUGCGUCUAAGAUUAGGCAGAUAGGAAGAAAGCUUAGGAGCAAAACUGAGACAGUACAAAGUGAUCCCGAUUUCGAUACAGAGGGUUCUUCAAUGGCCGCGGCUCCUUACAUUGCAGUCCACAUGAGGGUAGAGAUAGACUGGAUGAUUCACUGUAAGAAGCUAGAGCAACGAUCAGGCAUAAACCAAAUUUGCAGUAGCAAGCAAGAAAUAAUACAGAGGGUGGGGAACAUUGUCAGCUCAGAAUCUCCCACUGUUGUUUAUCUCGCUGUUGCUGAUAGCCUCCUUAACGAUUCUUCAAUAUUAAGAGGUUGGAAGAAAUGGUUGCUUCCUUUCGAGAAGAAGAAACUAAGGGUUGAUGGGAUUUACAAGAAGCAUCCAUAUCUGAUUCAAUCGGCAAUCGACUACGAGGUGUGCUCGAGGGCUGAUAUUUUUGUAGGCAACAGUUAUUCCACAUUUUCUAGCCUUGUAGUCCUGGAGAGAACACAAAGGAUGAUGAGUUUGGGCAUCCAAAACUCAUGUGGCAUUGAUGUUAGAUGGCCUUCGUAUGCAUACAAUAUACCGGGGGAAUCAAAUGGUCCUCAGAAAUGGAUGACUAAUAUGUCUGAUUCAAGUCUCCGAGCAAUUAGUUAUGGUUCUAAUGCCAUCUCAUGUUGAAGCUCGUUGCAUACAAUUUUCUGUUGAACUUCCCCAAGUUGAUGCUGGUUUAUUAUCACUGUACGUUCCAUCAUUUUUAAACCCAAUUCAUCCUGCUGGUUCAAUGGUUUAAAGGAUAUAUAUAUAUAUAUAUAUAUAUAUAUAUAUAUACACUGUAAAUAAUGCAGAAGCAGAGUAUCAUGAUA